CCCCAUUCAAAUGGCAACCGUUGGCAUGGAACGUUGGCAGAAUUGCAUUGCUGUGGUGACUGGCGCUAGUUCGGGCAUAGGAGCUGUGCUCAGCAAGCAGCUUGUUGCUGCGGGCGUCAUUGUGGUCUCCUUGGCUCGGCGUCUGGACCGCCUGGAGCAGCUGCGUCAACAAUUGCCAGAGGUACAGCGCGCCCAGCUACAUGUCAGGCAAUGCGACGUGACGAGCGUAGAGUCGGUAAACGCCGCCUUUGAUUGGAUCGAAGCUGAGCUGGGUGGUGCCGAUAUUCUGAUUAACAAUGCAGGCAAGCUAUCCGGUGGUCAAUUGGUUACCAUGCGGUUGGACACAGCGCAAGAAAUACUGCAAACGAACGUGAUGGGCGUUGUUUACUGUACACAACGCAUUUUUGAAUCAGUACGAAAACGCAAUACACCCGGCCAUGUGGUGCUCAUCAACAGCAUUGUGGGUCACUAUCUGUUCAAUCCGCUGCCCGGCAGCGUUCAGGAGCUGAACAUGUAUCCGGCCACGAAGCAUGCAUUGACCGCCAUGACAGAACUCUUCCGUCAGGAGUUUCGCGACCUUAAAAGCCACAUAAAGGUCACGAGCAUUAGCCCGGGCCUGGUGGAUACGGAUCUGGUGCCGCAGGCCUACAAACGACUUCCCAUGCUGCAGCCCGAGGAUGUGGCCAAUGCCAUCAUGUAUGCCCUGGCAACGCCUCCACAUGUUCAGGUGCACGAGCUAACCAUAAAGCCAAUGGGCGAACCGUUUUAGCAGCAUGACACAUGGAGAAUACCAGGUUAAUUGAAGCCUUAAAUGAUGGUUUGGUUUUUUUUGUAUUAUAGAAUUUCUAUGAUAUACAUCAUAAAAUCUUAAAAUUGGGAAACUAAGUAUAUUAAGAUAUUCGUACAGAUUUUUGAAUGCAGCUUCGUAACAUAAUAUUAAAUGUUAAAAACGAGUCUGUUUAAUUUAACAUAGUAGCUUGACCAGAUUCUUUUCCACUUUUCCACUUUUGUAUAGCUCCGUACUUUUUCAUGAGAAUGCGUGUUCCGCUUGCCUGCUUCAGUUGUUUUGCAUUGAUCAAUUUCAACAGUUUUUUAUUCCUCCCAAUAAUUGCUGAGUAGUUACAUUUUUGGCCAUGUCCCUUUUAAAAAUCGAUCUUAAUUUAUGGGCUCGAUCUAUGCAGAUGCAAAAACAUAAAACCUGCUCUGUUGCCCGGCAGAAUAUUAAUUUUACUAAAUAGGUAGAAUCGGCUGACAAAUAUGCAAUUUGAUGGAUUUAUUUAUAAAUGGUUGACAAAACGACUGUCAUUAAAAAAAUAAAAAUUUUAAGCUAAAUGCUAAAUGCCUAAACAGAA